UUAGAGUCUCGAUGGGUGGACUACUCCUCUUAUGGACCCAGAAGCACGUGCGGCGAAGUCGUGAAGUCCUUCAACCCCGACAUCUCACAGCUCCGAACUCAGACGGAAAACAGUACUCGGUAGUAGUGUCCGAGUAGAGUACCAGGCUGGUAAUCGAAUCAUGGGCCGAAACCGAAAGCGGGACAAACCCCAUCUCUCCCGCCAUGUCCCGACCUCUUCCCUCGCCAAACGCCUGCGUCCUCUGCCUCACCAUCCCCGUCAAGAAGAAGAGGAAGACGUCGUCGACAAGCCCAUCGCAAAGCCAGCUCCGGCACCGCCGCUUGUGGUGAUGGGGCUCCCCACGGACUGCUCUGUCCUUGACGUCAAGUCCCGAUUCGAAAUCUAUGGAUCCAUUUCCCGGAUCCGCAUCGACGGAGGUGGGUCCGCCCACGUCAUGUACCGCGCCAAGGACUCCGCCCAAGACGCCUUUGCCGCUGCCCAAGACCCUUCUUUGGGCAUCUCAUUUGAUUCCAAAAAGGUACAGGUGAUAUGGGCAACCGAUCCUCUUGCCCAAUGGAGGCAAGGAGUUGGGCUUGGUGGUAACAAGGAUAAUGGCUCAUCCUCGUCGAAGCUUUUGCGUGCCGAGGUACCUCUGAGCAGACAUGGUAGAGGUAAUAAACUUGCUUCAGCUAUAGUGAGCACCAGGAGUAGUAAUGAUGGUCCUUCCAGUGUUUCAGAAGUACCUUUUAGAGGCCGAGAAAUCGUUGCCUAUGAUGAUAUUCUGUAACCAUAGAAUUAGUGUAAUACUUAAUUUAUUUUCUAUUGAUUGAAUGGAUUUUAGGUCUAGUUAUAGGUAUAUUUUUAUGUAUAUCUAGUCCUGAAGCUGCUUAAGAAGGUUUUUGCUGUUUUGGAAUUGGCUUCUGGCGUUAUCAUGUUCUAAUGUUGCUUGUAAGUCUGUCCUACCUGAAAUUUGGCAUUUUCAUAUUUAAUAAUGUAAUUGUUAACAUGUUUGACAAUGUUAAACUAUUUGGCUGAA